GUUUUAAUUUUUCUGAAAUGAUCUUUUUUUGGUUGUCAACAUUAAAACAGCAAAAUGGCUACAACUAUGAAUGGUGAUGAUAUUCCAGCAACAAAGCGUUCCAAAUUAUCUGGUGUCAAUGAUAUUGAUGAUGACAAUGAUGAUGAUGAAUUAGACGAAGAAACUAUAUUGAAAUUGGCUGCCGAAAAACGACGAAAAGAAAAAGAACCGCUUUCGUUGGAAGAAAUUAAAUCCAAAUUGAUUAAAGAAGAAGAAGCUAAAUCAAAACCAGUAUUCCUAACGAAAGAACAACGUGAACAAGAAGCAAUCCGAAGACGACAAGAGGAAAUUGCCGAAAAAAGGCGACAACAAGAUGAAGAACGUCGUCGUCGAAUGCAAUUUAUGGAUGAAGCAAAAUCCACAUUACGUUCGGAAAGAGAUCGUGAUCGUGAUCGAGAUCGAGAUCGUCGUCGAGAACGUGACCGUGAUCGUCGACGUGAUAAUCGCGAACGAGAAAGAAUAUCGGAUCGAAAUGCUGCAGGCAGUUCAGGACGUUAUGAUCGAGAUGGUUACCAUCGCUCAGGUCGCAUUGGUGAUGAAGAUGGUCAUGGUGGUGAUGAUGAUAAUGAUCGUCAACUUCAAUCGGGUAAAUUGAAAGAAAAAGAAGAAGAAGUAAUCAAAGAACGAUAUUUGGGCAUUAUUAAAAAGAAACGUCGUUCACGUAAAUUGAAUGAACGAAAAUUUGUAUUCGAUUGGGAUGCAACUGAAGAUACAUCCAUCGAUUAUAAUCGUCUUUAUCAGGAUCGCCAUACCAUACAAUUUUUCGGCCGUGGUCAUUUAGGCGGUAUCGAUCCAAAAGAACAACGCAAAGAACAAUCAAAAUUUUAUGGGGAAUUAUUGGAAAAACGACGAUCAGAAGUGGAAAAACGACAGGAAGAAAAUCGUUUGAAAAAAGUUAAACACCGUGAGGAAAAACAAUUAUGGGAUGAUCGUCAUUGGACGCAGAAAUUAUUAUCAGAAAUGACUGAACGUGAUUGGCGUAUAUUCCGUGAAGAUUUCAAUAUAACGAUUAAAGGUGGUCGAAUACCAAAUCCAGUGCGCAGUUGGGAUGAAAUUAAUGGUCUGCCAAAAGCAAUAAUGGAUAUUAUUGCUAAAUGUGGUUAUAAAGAACCAACGCCAAUUCAAAGACAAGCCAUACCAAUAGGGUUACAGAAUCGUGAUAUAAUUGGUGUGGCUGAAACUGGUUCAGGUAAAACGCUUGCAUUCUUGAUUCCAUUAUUAGUUUGGAUAACAUCAUUGCCGAAAAUAACACGACAAGAAGAAAUUGAUCAAGGUCCAUAUGCAAUAAUAUUGGCACCAACACGUGAAUUAGCACAACAAAUUGAAGAAGAAACAAUGAAAUUCGCAACAGCAUUAGAUAUACGUACUGUAGCCAUUAUUGGUGGUAUUUCUCGAGAGGAUCAAGGUUUUCGUGUACGUAUGGGUGUUGAAAUUGUUAUCGCUACCCCUGGUCGUUUGAUUGAUGUGCUGGAAAAUCGUUAUUUGGUUCUUUCACGUUGUACAUAUAUUGUAUUGGAUGAAGCUGAUCGUAUGAUUGAUAUGGGCUUUGAACCGGAUGUACAGAAAAUUUUAGAUUUUAUGCCCGUCACUAAUCUGAAACCAGAUACAGAUGAUGCUGAAGAUGGUGAUAAACUGAUGGCUAGAAUGGCAACCGGUAAUCGUUAUCGACAAACAGUCAUGUUUACCGCAACAAUGCCACCGGCAAUUGAGCGUUUAGCUCGUUCAUAUUUACGUCGUCCUGCUACUGUUUAUAUUGGUUCGGUCGGUAAACCAACGGAACGUACUGAACAAAUUGUCUAUAUGGUUAGCGAAGGUGAAAAACGACGUAAAUUAAUUGAAAUAUUACAAGCUGGUGUCGAACCACCAGUCAUUAUAUUUGUUAAUCAGAAAAAAGGUGCCGAUGUUUUGGCAAAAAGUUUGGAAAAAUAUGGUUUCAAUGCCUGUACAUUACACGGUGGUAAAGGACAAGAACAACGUGAAUAUGCAUUAGCAUCAUUGAAAAGUGGAUCGAAAGAUAUUCUUGUUGCCACUGAUGUUGCUGGUCGUGGUAUCGAUAUCCAGAAUGUAUCAUUAGUAAUAAAUUAUGAUAUGGCUAAAACAAUCGAAGAUUAUACACAUCGUAUUGGUCGUACUGGACGUGCUGGUCGUCACGGUCAAGCUAUUUCAUUAGUAACCAAAGAUGACAGUAGUUUAUUCUAUGAUCUUAAACAAUUAUUGCUACAAAGUCCAGUUUCAACAUGUCCACCUGAAUUGAUGAAUCAUCCGGAAGCACAGCAUAAGCCAGGCACUGUUGUACAGAAGAAAAAAGAAAUUCUUAUGUAGAAUUUUUCAUUCAUUUUCAAUUUUUUCAUAUUUUCAUUUUCAUUUGAAAAAAAAU